AUGCUCGCACACAGCUCUAAAGAAGCCCAGGGAGUCAUUGGAAGAGUGGAAAGUGGUCAUCACCCAUCUUCACAGGAAUCCGCUCCAGGUCAACUCAGCAGUGGCUGCAAAAGAAUAUUCCAGAGUUCAUCUCUGCCUCGGAUUGGCCCUCAGGAAGUCUUGAUAUCUCAACCCACUAGAUUAUCGGCUUUGGUCCGAACUGGAGAGGAUGGCAUGCCACAGAGCACACCCUAA